AUGUGGGUCGACGCACACUGUGCGAAGGUCACGAGUCUCCGGUGGGGGCUUGCGGUCAAGAACAAGGGAUGUCCAGCGAUUUGGUUUGGCCCUGAGCUCGAUUACCAACCGUCAAGGCUCGAGUGUCUUGUUUCGCCUCCUGGCGGAGACGCCGAGGGAAUGCAGGUUCCUGAACUCGCACUCGAGUGCAAUCUGGAUUCCCUCCUUCGUCUGCUGCCGGCAUCGUAUCGGACUGCUAUUCUCGCGCCCGACAAUGCUCGCGACCUCGUGGACAUUUGCAUCGAUGCGGGCCGCGUGCCUAUCGCAUACACGGGGAGGAAACAGCGCGUUCAGCUCUGUCCAGACGGAUCCGUCGUGCCAAAGAGUGUCAUCGACGAGACCCCGACGGAUCUCGGCGGAGAAGAGCGCACAGGCAGCGACACAAUCGAGCCGGCAUUGAUGGUCAACUGCACGGCAUUGAUGGUCGAGUGCACCGCAUCUCCGUCCCGGGCGAAGGCGGCGGCCACGCAGGCCAAAGUCCAGACGCAGCAAAGUGGGGGGCCGAUGUUUGACGGGAUUGUCGAGCUCGACGCUGUGGUGCGCGGCCGUUGUGGGGUCGUUUGGGACGUGGCGCACGCCGUCGACCGCGUGCUCGCAGGUGCGAUGGGCGACGGGGCAGCAGAGACCCGGCAGUAA